AUGAAGAACAGACUUAUUAACAUUAUCUUAGAAUCAGUGGACUUAUUAUUAAAAGAAAUGAACCAAUAUCCUAAUACGUUGGACGCGUCAGAAGCAACAAGCGAUAAUAAGGAAUCUGUUUCGUUAAAUAAUUCGCCAGUUAAACCCUUAAGUUUCCCCAAGCAAUCUAAUUCAGAAUUAAAUGCAAAAACGCCCAAUUUAGAUUUAAAUAAUAAAGAAUUUAAUUCUAGUUCUGAUACUUGCAUAAGUGAAUCGGAUUCUCCAAGGCCUACCAGUGAAACUAACACCGAUAACAAUUCCUUUGAACGUAAUUUUAGCUUUGAUGAUUCAGACCAAAUCAAUAAGACUAUACAAACUAAAAUUAAAUUAGAGGAUGAGGAAUUUUCGUUUGUAACUCAAACCCCUAUGACUUCGACCAUAGAUUUGAAUAAUCCUAAUAAAGAGAACGACACAACUUCAAACUACAAUAAUUCGUCACCAAAUAAAUCAAUAAUGAAGAAAACCGAUUCCUCAUCUCCUUCAAGAAAAAAUGUUGUAUUUACAAACUCAACUCCUGAGAUACAUCAUUAUCCAUCUAAUAAACCAAACAUAACUACUGCUUCAAACGAAGAGAGCAUUGACCAGUUACCACACGAAUGGAAAGAGCUCCCAAAAGAAUUAUCUCAAUCUUCAGAUGAUGAGAACCAGACUCCUCCUGUACCGCCAAUCCAUAAGACUGAUACAUUCUCUUCCCUUUUGCAAGAUGACAAUAAUGAUGAGGAUAUAGAUAGGGAUACAUUAAAUGAAUUAAAAUUACAGCAUCACAAUUUUAGUAAUUUAUCGUUGAACGAAAAGCUUGAUGUUUUCUUAUCAAAUAAGCAUGUAAAAACAGAGGAACUUGAUGAUCAUUUGACUAAUUUGGAUAAUGCCGUUAAAAAUAAGACCGUGACAAACAUUCACGUUUUAUCUUUAGAUUUGAAGAAACAAGAGCAACCUGAAAUAGAAAAUCCAUUAAACUCAUUGAUGAAAUCGUCAGAAGUUAGACUAAGGUCAGCAGGCUCUUCUCAAUCGUCUUUGCAAUCGUUAGUAGAAAGCAAUCGAUACUUAGAAUCAAAUGGACACCAAUACAUUCCUAACAAGGGAAUUGCACUUAAUGAUGGUAUAAAGGGAUUUUCUAAUCAUAUGGUUGAAGCAUUAAUACCAACAGGUGAUGAUGACAUGGAGGAAGAGGAAGAUGCUGGAUUAAUGAUGAAAACUCCAUCAAACAGUCGUUUAAAUGAAUUGAGACAAUCGGAAAAUAACGACUCAGAGAACGAAGAGUUCCAUGAUUCAUUUGAUACUAAUACAGAACAAUCAAUUAUGAAUUUAUUAAAAAGUGCAUCAAAUUCUGAUUUGAAUAAACCAUCCUCCCUGCUUCAAUCAGGAAACAUAUUGAUAAAGCAAGAAGAAGAAGAAGAAGAAGAAGAAGAUCAAGAAGGAAAAUGGGAUGUAUUUAUCAAAGAUGAACACACAGGUUUGAAUCAAAAUGGGCAUAUGUUGUCAUCCGAUGAUGAACAUCAGCAAUGUUUGACUAAGCCAGAAUUCAACGAUGAUAUUAAAAAGGAGCCCCAUAUUAAUUAUCACGAGUAUGAAGCAACUUCAAAGAUUGAAUCAGUCUCUGGUUAUGGUAGAACACACAAGGAUAUAAGGUUAAUUAAAUCUGAAUUAAAUCAUACUCAAGAAGAUAAAGAAAGUGAGUUGAAUAAUAUGAGUACACUGAUGAAAGCAAAUGAUCAGACGUCAGUUGACGAUACAUCUGAAGUCACUGACAGUGCUAACAAAUUCUCUAUAAGGGAUCAUAUAGAUAGCGAUUGGAAAUUUGAAGAUAGUAAUGAUGGUGAUAGGGAAGAUAACGCUGAUUAUACAAACAAUGAAUUGACAACAGUGAAUGAUGUGAAACAUGAAAACAAUAAGGGAACGGGUCCAUACUCAAAUAACUUCAAAGGUGAAAGUUUGUUGGAUGUGAAUUUAUCGCCCAAUCUUUCAGUUAAUUCUCAAGAGUUUAAGGAUGCAUCUGAUCAUUUUAUUGGUAAAACGUUGGCUCCACGUAACGUCGAUGAAGCUAUUGAUGCUACCCAUCCACCAGCUCCAAUUGCGCAAGAAGAUUACGAUGAGAAUGUUUUAGCUAAUUCUUCAAACAUCGCACCUCCAGGUGAGAUUACGUUGCCACAAAUCGAAGCAAACAAUUAUUCUUCAUUUGAUGAUAUAACAAAAAAUCUUGAACAUAAUAAUUCGUACGAAGAAUCGUUAUCUGCCGAAAAUGACGCAGAUAAUAAGCCUCUUGACUUCAUUUCAAUUUGGCAUUCACAAGAGAGGCAGAAAAAGCCAUACAAUACUCAUGCUAAUAGCCAUAUUUCACCCUUGAGUUAUGAUGUAAACAAGACACCUGAAAAUGAUUCAAGUAGUAGAGUCAGGUUUCCUUCCUCUUUGCAACCUAAAAAGUUCAAAGAAGUCAAUGUUAUGUCAAGAAGAGUAGUCAGUCCAGGAUUUGAAGAUCUCCAUGUUUCUGGAUUUUUACCUGAAUUAUCGGAGGAUUCUGGAUUUGGAAGCCAACUCAGGCUUUUUAAAUCUGGAUAUAAUACAUCCGGUAUGAGUAACUAUUCACAUCUUGGCGAUGCUAACGGUCAAAAUAAUACCCCAUUAAAUACAAGAAAUGUUUUGUCUAAUCUUGAUAACAACCCUAAUGUGGUUGAGCCACCCAAGGCCAGAAAUAAUUUUAACAAGAAUACGCUGAGUCAUGAAUUCAAGAUUCAAAGAUCCUUAAGGCCUGAGUUGAGUGCAAAUCAAACUUUGAAACCAAAAAAUAUACAAAAAUCACAAACAAAUCAAUCGAAAUUCAGAGUACCAUCUUUUGAAAUAAGGAGAACCAAUUCAACGUUAUCUCCAAGGAAUCAGUAUGAUGAGAUCUUCGAGGAUGUCGUAAAGCAACCUCCUACCAUUAAAAGUCAUGGUAUGAAGACAUUACCUAGCAUGGAUCGUGAUGACGUGAAGCGGAUAUUGGCAACCAAAAGGGUUAUAAGUCAAGACGAAUAUUCAAAAGUUAAGUUAGUUGGUAAUAGCAAAAAGAACUCCAUUGUUAAUGAGCCGGACGACAAGUAUGACGAUUUACAACAGCAUGCAUCCAUUUGUAACGUGUCUACUGAAUCAAGUCCUGUGCUUGAUAAAGAGGUAUUACCUCAUUUGGCAAAUGAGUUAUUAAGAGUUCCUUCUGCGUUAUUAUCGAAGGACCAACUUUUCAACGAAUUUGAUUUUGUUCCAAAGCCUUCAGACAACUUGUUUAACAAUAAUUCGCAGUCUCCAUCUAGAACAACUUCUGUGAUUCAUAAUAAGGAGGCUGCUCCUGCUGCUUCUUUAGAAAACUAUGUGGUCUCAGAACCCCUCCCAAGUAGUCAGGGUAGUGUUGAAAGUGAUAAAGAGAUUAAUUUGACACCAGCCAGUAACGACAUUUCGCCCACGAAAAUUUAUCAGACAACUGAUCCGUCAGAAAACAUGUCACCCAAGAAACGAGCCUCCCCAAUUAAAAUUGGUUCUCCUACUAAGUUGGUAAAGAAAGAUUCGGCUAUUGCUGCUAAAUCUGUCUCAUCACCCUCUAAGGCAGAUGAAAAGGAAAAUGUAAAUGAAGAUAGCUCUUCUUUUGCCGGGGAGGAAUUGAUAAAUAAAAAGUUGAGAGAUUCACCAGCAAAGAGUGAAUUGAAAAUCCCAGUCCAUGAUUAUAAACCUAGCACUGUUUCCGUUCCAUCAUUUUAUUCUAAUGAUACGGCGAAUACCAAACCAUUAAGCACGGCAAAUAGAGAUUACCAUACCGCUUGGAAACAACAAAAGCAACAACAACAGCAACAGACCAAUCCUCAAUUAAAUAUUAAGGACCAAUCAGCUGGAUUACAAGAAAGGGGAAAACUAUUUUUGAGGGUUAUUGGAUUAAAGAGUAUCGAUUUACCUGAUAUCGACGAACAUCAUGCAGAUUUCUCUAUUACGUUGGAUAAUGGUGUUCACUGUAUUAAAACUUCGAACUAUAAAAUGGACUCACAUAAUACCUUAAUAAACAAGGAAUUUGAGUUGACGGUUGGAGACUCUUUAGAAUUCAUUCUAACCAUGAAGGCUAGCUAUGAAAAGUCUAGAGGAAAACUUAUUGAGGUGAAUGAAAGAAGAGUUGUAAAGUCGAAAAAUAGAUUAAGCCGACUCUUUGGAUCCAAGGAUAUUAUUACUACAACAAAGUUUGUUCCGCAAGAACUGAAGGAUACUUGGUCCAAUAAGAUUGCACAGGAUGGAUCAUUUGCAAGAUGCUAUGUUGAUUUAGAUCAAUAUGAGAGUAAAAUUACAGGUGAAGCAUGUAAUUUUAACAUAACUUGUUUUAAUGAAUGGGAAACAAUUUCUGGCAAAGGCAAUGAAGUCAGGACUAGAUGCCAACCAUAUAGAAUUGGACAGCUUGAAGUCAAGAUGAUGUUUGUGCCAAGAACCGAUAAUCAAGAGAUUUUACCUACUAGCAUCAAAUCUGCUUAUGAAUGUAUCGAAGAUUUGCAUCAAGAAUCAACGUUGGCUCAUGAGGGUUACUUGCAUCAAGAAGGCGGAGACUGUGAAAUAUUGAAAAAGAGAUUUUUCAAAUUGCAAGGCACAUCUUUGAUUGCUCAUAGCGAAUUCUCUCAUAAGACUAGAGCUAAGAUUAACCUUUCAAAGAUUGUUGAUGUUAUUUAUGUCGAUGAGAAAGAUAUCAAUAAAUCAUCUGCCAAUUAUAGAAAUUUCAGUGAUGUUAUUUUAGUACCACAUUCGUUCAAAAUUAGAUUUGCUAAUGGCGAGGUGAUUGACUUUGGAGCACCAAAUAGGGCAGAGAAACUUGAGUGGGUUACAAUUUUAGAAAAGAUUGUUUAUCGUAAUAAAUUCCGUCGUCAACCUUGGGUUAAAUUAAUGAUAGAGGGAGCACGUACAAAGCAGGAACCUCCUAACGAACGCUCUCGUACGAAAAAGAUUUUUUAA